AUGGAGGUCCAAAUCCAAACACGAAAGUUAAUAAAGCCAUCGUCUCCAACACCACUUCACCUCAGAGAAUUAAAGCUUUCAUGUUUCGAUCAAAUCGCUCCUCCAGCAUUCGGUUCCUUCAUUUUCUUUUUUAAAGCACCCAUUAAUGGCCACCAAACACUCAAAAAGCUCGAGUCUUCACUCUCCGAUGUAUUAACCAAGUUUUACCCUUUUGCUGGUAGGUUCAUCCAAGACCGAAACGCCAUUGAUUGUAACGACCAAGGUGCUGAAUAUUUAGAAGCUCGAGUCAGUGUUAGUCUAAACCAGUUCAUAUUGGAAGAGCUCGACGUUAAAUUGGUGAACCUUUUGGUCCCUUACCCGAAUGAGCUCGUGUUUACCCCAACAAUCCUGGCGGUUCAAAUCAAUGAAUUCGAUUGUGGUGGUUUAGCCAUCGGAACCAGCUUUUCCCACAAGUUUGCUGAUGGGUUCACGAUUUUUGGGUUCAUGAAUGGAUGGGCUACUUGUUGUAGAAUUGGUGUCGAUGCUGUGAAAUGUUUGAGUUUCGAAACUGAAUCCCUUUUGCCUGAUGGGUUUAAACCAACGUAUAAAAUCCCAGUCCCGGAUGAUAAUUUAGAUACCCUAAUCACAAAGAGGUUCAUAUUCACCGCGUCCACCAUAGCUGCUCUGAAAGCCAAGGUGGGGGUAGGGCAAUUUUCUAGGGCGCAGCUGUUGAUCGCCCUCAUAUGGAAGGUACGUAUUUCAAUGGCGAAAAAGAAGGAUUCAUUACAAAUUUUCCCAUACAAUUUUCGUGGGAAAACAGCUUUACCCAUACCAUCAAAUGGAGCAGGCAACCUGUUUAUAAACAUCCUCGUACGAUUCACAGCUAACGAUGACAGGAACCCUGAUUUGCUGCAUUUGGUGAAUUUAGUGGGAAAUGAACUGAGGAACGCCGCUGAAUCAUUCGGGAAAGCUGAAACUGCUGAGGAUUUGUUCUUGUCAGCGACGAAUUCAUCGAGGGAGAUCCAUGAAACACUAAGUAAAGGUGACACUGAAAUUUGUAUCUUAACGAGCUUGUCUAAGUUUCCAUAUUACGAAGCUGAUUUUGGGUGGGGAAUGCCUGGUUGGAUAGCCAGUGUGCAUAAGGAUGUAGAAAUGGUUUUGUUGAUGGAUACUAGGUUUGAUGGUGGAGUUGAAGCAUGGGUGACAUUGGAACCUGAUAACAUGGUUAGAUUUGAGCAAGAUCCUGACAUUUUGGCUUAUACUUGCAAACCUUCAGACUACUUCACUCGAUGCUUAUUGGGUUCUGAGAAUUAAAAUC